CAUGGUUGUGUCUAGAGCCCAAACGACAGUUUAGAACAUAAAUAUAUACAUGGAUAAAAAGAGGGAUUUUUUAAAAUAAUUUGGUGGUAAUAUUCUAAUUAAAUAAUUAUUAUAUUUCCAAAAGAAGGUUAAACUAUCCACUUCCAGUCUUUAAUUUGAUAAUUUAGAUUUUACUUUCUGUGUGAUAUUUAUAAUAGAAAACACCCCAAGUUUUUUAUAUUUUAUCUAGGACCUCAAAAAGUCUACGCAUAAACCAUAAUAAUGAUGUUAUAAUGAUGUUAAUCAGAGAAGAGAAGCAAAUCUCAAAGGUCCAAGAGAUUAUCUUCUUAUUUUUCUAUAGAAAUAGAAGAGCAAUUGGUGAGUUAUGAAGAUAUUAGAACCAAAUAAAUAUUAUAAGCUUUAUAAAUUGACUUAUCAUCACUACUUUAUAUGUUGGCUAACAAAAGCAUUAACUGAUUCUAAACUUAAAUAAUUUUGAAACCCCACAACUAGAAACUACAUUUUCUCUCUCUGAUGUAAGCACAUAACACUGAUCCAGAACUUGAUUUAUCCACAAUAUACAUAUUAUACCCCAGUCUUCAAAUGUCAAUCAUGGAUGAAAAUCAUGAUCCACUAGAUGGCCAUGGUACUCUCUCAUAUACUUACAUGCACCGGAAACAACUUGCCAUUUGGUUGUUAAACUAAAUAACUAAUCCUAGCAUGAUCGAUGUACCACAUCCACAUCCUUGUAUCAUAAACACAUCCAAAGUUAUGCUUAUGUGUGUUGAUAAAUUAUGACACCCUGAAUGCAUGCGUGUAAUGGUUAUGUUUGUAUCAGUAUAAGGAAUACUUUCUCUAGUAUCAGUCUCAUCCAUCGAGCCAUCAACCGAUACAAUAUCCCAAAGGGACAACCAAAUUAGUCAUUUUAAACAAUCAAAAAAUAAAAAAGUAUUUGUAGAUUUAUAUGGCGACCUAUUAUAUUUUCUUUUGAAAGAUAACUAACUAGCUUCUCAAUAAUUUUAAGGAAAACAAAAACAUGCCAAUGGGUCAUAUAGAAGACAUAUAUAAAGCCACCAAUUUGCAAAAAAGUUUGGUCCACUUUUAUGGCUUUCUCAGCUGUAUAAACACCCCCUUGUCAUCCAACCUCCACCAUUAUCUCACCCUCUUUGAGCUCUAGAGAGAGAAAUUGACCAUGCAGCCAAAUUAUGAUAGCUCAAGUCUUAACAACAUGCAACAGCAAGACUACUUCCACUUAAACCAUUACUACAACAACUUAAACCCUUCCAACAACAAUCUCAAUAUUUUCCCAUACCCUCAAUUUCAAGAACUUAAUCUACAAUCUCCUGCAAGCAACAACUCUACCACGUCAGAUGAAGCAACUGAAGAUAUAUUCGUCAUCAACGAGAGAAAGCAAAGACGUAUGGUAUCUAACAGAGAAUCAGCAAGAAGGUCAAGAAUGAGAAAGCAAAGACACUUAGAUGAGCUUCUCUCGCAGGUUGCUUGGCUUAGAAGCGAGAACCAGCAGCUUUUAGAAAAGCUUAACCAAGCCUCGAAUAGCAAUGAUCUUGUUCUUCAAGAGAACUCGAGUCUUAAAGAGAAAAACUUGGCGCUUCAUCAAGUUAUCACAUCCAUGAAGAAGGUUAUAGGAGCAGGAGGAAGCAGAAGCAUCAAUGGCAGAUACUCUUCUGCUUCCUUGGAUCAUGACUUCUCUUCUAUUACAGAUGGAACUCAUCAGCCAUCAUGAGUUGUUUAUUAUGAUCCAACUUUUUAAAUUCUGCCUCUAGUCGAUAUCUGUUUUCUUUGUUUGGUAUCCGUCAAAUUACGGCCCAUAUAUAUCUUUUGAGCCGUAAGCAAAAGCGGAUUUUUAUGUAUCUUUUCUCUGGGCCAGACUUAGGUCUAGCACCG